AUGGGAGGCCUAAGCUGGAGAAAACUUCUCGGCUGGGAUCGCCAUCCUAGUGACGGCCAUCGUCACGAUUAUGACAGCUGGUGGCAUGAUUCUCGUCGGCGUCUGCUCCCCCACUACCACGAUGAAUCUCUCGAGUCUGCCAUUCCUCCACAAGCCGUCACCGAAGUAGCCCUCCGAUUGCGCCACCUGAUCGAGCAGUGUGUUCCUUGCGAGUUGAACCCCGAUCUGGUCACCCGCCCUCACAGUAAGGUCAUCACCACCAAGGUGAUCAAAGCAGCUAAGGAGGCCGGUGGGAAGGAGCACGGCGCCUGUGUGGUGUUUUGUCUGCUGGUGAACAAGCGCUGGUGGAAACACCAGAGUCUGGUUGAGUUAUGGGAUGCCGAUUUGCAUAACCUCAGGGCGGUAGCUUGUGAGGUUAUCGCCAAGCAGAUUAUCGAGACUGAGAAUGAUCCUACUUACCUCAUGCACUCGGUCCUCCUCAAGCGGUACUCUAUCAUCAUUGAUGGCAAGCCCACACCACCAGCCAAUGUCGUUGAGCGAGCUGUUGAUCUCCACGCCCUUAGAGUGAUUGGUUCAUCCGGCUACCAAAAAUGCAUCAACUUCCUCUGGAAGGGCUGGCUAGUCCAGGAUGAAGACGACCCGUCCACCUUUGUGGACUACAAGGACAAGGACAACACGUCGUACUGCGCCCACCUCGACCCCGACCGCAUGCGAGCACCCAUGUACCAGAACGUGACGCAAAUGCUCUUCUCCUUCUUCUAUCUCACACUCUACACCCUUGCGAUGAACUCGGUAAAUGCCCGAGGAGAGAUUGACCUCAUCGAGGGGCUGCUGUAUGUCUUCACCAUUGGCUACAUCUGCGACGAACUGUCCAAGCUCUGGAAAGCUGGGCAUCAGAUCCUGAGCUUUUGGCACGCAUUCAACUCGGUCCUGUACGCGCUGGUGACCACCAGCUUGGCCAUGAGGUUCAUUGCGCUCAGUGCUGGGGUUGAUGAUCCGAUCAGACAUCAAUACACGACGCUGAGCUACAACUUUUUGGCUGUCAGCGCGCCGUUGUUUUGGGGCCGGCUGCUGCUCUACCUCGACAGUUUCAGGUUCUUUGGCGCCAUGUUGGUGGUGCUCAAGGUGAUGAUGAAGGAGUCGAUGAUCUUCUUUGCGCUGCUUAUUGUGAUCUUUAUUGGCUUCCUCCAAGCUUUCAUCGGCCUGGACUUUGCUGAGGAUCAGGCGGCCGAGGACUUUUACUUUAUCAUUCAGGCGAUGGCGAACGCGCUGAUGCAGAGCCCGGAUUUCAGUGGGUUUGAUAAGUUCAGUCAUCCGUUUGGACUGAUUUUGUAUUACUGCUUUACUUUUGUUGUCAUGGUUGUCCUCCUCAACAUCCUGAUCGCGCUUUACAACUCGGCCUACGAGGACAUCUACGACAACGCCAACGACGAGUAUCUCGCCACGUUUGCGCAAAAGACGAUGACUUUUGUUCGUGCCCCCGACGAGAAUGUGUUCAUACCGCCCUUGAACCUGAUUGAGAUUUUCUGCUUGGCCAUCCCGUUCGAGUGGUGGAUGAGCAAGAAGACGUAUGAACACCUCAACGAUAUCGUCAUGGCUGCGCUGUACUCGCCUCUGCUGCUUGUGUCGGCCUAUUUUGAAAUGAGGACUGCCCAGGAGAUCAGAGGGAACAGGGCCCGGGGCGAGGAGGAUGAUGAUACCAUUGAGGAGUGGGAGCAAAUGUCUGACCACUUUGACUUUGAGGGUGACGGGUGGUCCAAGACUGUGGCUAGCGCAAAAAGUAAUCUGGAGGAGGAUGCCGAUGUGGUCGAGAUUAAGAAGCUGAAGCAGGAGGUGGAGGAGCUGAAGAAGAUGAUCGAGGGGUUGACCAAGUUUAUUGCUGGUGAGAAGGGGCUUGGAAAUGGCGAUACCGAAGAGCUAAAGGGGUUUGACGAGGAGGGAGAGUCUAGUGGUGGUGCUUAG